GGCCGCGUGGGGCCGGGAGCGCGGCGCCUCUCCUUCCCUGGCUGCGCAAUCGCUGGGGCGGUCGAGCUGGCACCUUGCGCGAGCGAACCUGCUGACAUGACUGAUCAUGGGGCUGAUGAGCUGUCCUCUAGGACAGGGAGUCCAGACGGGGAAGGUCGGGUCCCUGAGGAGAGAUCCUUGCUCCAUCAGAGUCUGGCCGUCAGGGAACUCAUCGACACUGAGGUCUCCUACUUGCACGUGCUCCAGCUGUGUGCCUCGGACAUUAGGAGCCACCUGCAGCAGCUGCCGCAGGGAGAUCUGGAUGUCCUGUUCUCAAAUAUCGAUGAUAUCAUCAAGGUGAACAGCAAAUUGCUUCAUGAUCUGCAGGAGACAGCCGCCAGGGAAGAGGAACAAGUGCAGCUGAUCGGCAACUUAUUCCUGGAAUUCCAAGAGGAGUUGGAGCAAGUCUAUAAAGUGUACUGUGCCAGCUACGAACAGGCCUUGCUGCUGGUGGAGACCUACCGGAAGGAGCCACAGCUGCAGGGGGAGAUCCAGGACACUAUUGAGGCAGUGCUGCCUCAAGCUGGACGUUCAGGCCUCAGUUUCUUGCUGGUAAUUCCUUUGCAGAGGAUUACCAAAUACCCAUUGCUGCUGCAGAAAAUUCUGGAGAACACACUCCCUGAUGCCAGUGCCUACCCUGUCCUUCAGAGGGCUACCUCUGCCCUCCAGGACGUGGUCACCAACAUCAAUGAGUACAAGAGGCGCAAAGAAGUGGCCUCCAAGUACACCAAGGUGGAGCAGCUGAGCCUCUGGGAGCGACUGGCCCGCAUCAAUACGCACACCCUUUCCAAGAAGACCACCCGGCUGAGCCAGCUGCUGAAGCAGGAGGCGGGGCUCGUACCCAAGACAGAAGACAAGGAAUUUGAUGACUUAGAAGAGAGCUUCCACUGGGUGUCGCUGUGUGUGACGGAGCUGAAGAACAAUGUGGCUGCUUACCUGGGUAAUUUGGAGGCUUUCCUUCGCUUCCGGCCCCAGGAAUACGAUCUGGACAUCCCUGGGGGGCCUGUGGUGCAGUACUGUUACCUGGCAAGAGACCUGCAGCUCCAGGCCUUCCCUGAGUUUAAACAGCGGCUGGAAGCCCUGGUAUGGCAGCCAUUGUGCAGCCUGGCCAAAGCCUUGGCUGGCCCUCAGAAUCUGAUCAAGAAACGUCUGGACAAACUACUGGACUUCGAGAGGGUGCAAGAGAAGCUGUUGGAGGUGGGCAGCAUGACCUAUGAAGAAGAGGCGGCCCGGCACAUGUACGAGGCACUCAACUCCCUGCUAGUGGCUGAGCUCCCACAGUUUAAGCAGCUAGCCGUGCGGUGGCUGGGCCAGAUCCUGUGCACAUUUGUGACCCUCCAGACGGACCUUGCAAAGCAAGUGCUGCAGAGGGCAGAGGGCAGCUUGGCCCAGCUUCCCCACCACCACGUCUCUGAUCCAGCCUUCAGGAAGCUGGUGGAGGACGCACUGGGCCAGACCGGUCAUCAGCUUCACUCCUUUCAACAGAACUUCGAGAAAGUGCUGCUGCCUCCCACCACACAACCACUCCUUCCAGGGGCUGAACGCGAGGUGCAGGCGCUCCUGAGCAGGUAUGGCCCGGGAAAGCUGUACCAGGUGACAAGCAACAUCAGCGGGUCCGGGACUCUGGACCUGACUUUGCCUCGGGGCCACAUCGUAGCCCUCCUUCAAGACAAGGACACCAAAGGCAACAGCAGCCGAUGGCUGGUGGACACCGGAGGACAUCGAGGGUACGUGCCAGCUGGGAAACUGGAGCUGUACCACGUGGUCCCCCGUGAGGAGGAGCUCAGAGGGCAGGCGAAGCCUCACAGGGACUCCGAACGUCAGACACCAGAGCCCACCUUGGCCCUGGUCCCUUCUGUCCCAGCAGUGACCCAGGUGGUGGCAGUGUACCCCUUUGUGGCCAGAAGCAGCCAUGAAGUGAGUCUGCAGGCAGGCCAGCAGAACUUAGAAAUUGAAGCCCCUCAAAACAGUUCCUGUUCAAGGAAGACUGACCGCUGGAGCGAAUUUGGGUGCAGCCGCUAUUGGAUCAUCAUCUCUAGGUUGUAACUUGGGGCUCACAUAAAUUGCAAGAUUCACAGGAGAGGGAAAAGGUGAUCCACUGUAACUUUUAAAACAAAUUACAGAUCAUUUAACAAUAUAUUACAGAGAGGGGAGAGUCAAGAUGGUGUACUAGGAGGACGCGGAAUUCGCGUCUCCUCACAACUAGGGCACCUACUGGGCACCAAUGGGCGACCAUGGACACCUAAGGGGACGGGAGGAACCUACAGUGACCGGGUAGGACGUGGGGCAUGGAGGGAGUGAAGGGGGAGGAGAAGUGGAGGCAGGAGGGGACUGGCGCCCCUGAGGGGCGGCUAGGGGAGGGGAAGGGAUCCCAUGCCCAAAGAGGGAAAUUGGGGAACCACUGGGAGGGCAGGGGAUCAAAAGGGAGCGUGGCCAGGUUUCCCCUACCCACUUAGGCCCCCAGGAACCUGCUGAGAUUCUGGGCCUGAUCCUCUGCCCACCUAGGACCCCUCCAGCCGCGUGGGUCCUGAGGGAGUGGGAGAGAGGGAAGGGGGAGAAAAAGUAAAGGCCAGACCUCCGGGACCAGCACCCCUGAGGGGUGACUGAGGGAGGGGAGGAGUUCCUACACCCAGCGGGACCCACCCAUGGUUAGGGGUCCAGCAGUGACGGGGGAGACCCUGGGGGAGACAGUGGGGUAGGGGCGCACAGGAACGGAAGGGAAUGUGGUCAGUUGGAGCCCUGUUGGGCUCCCGGGCCUAAUCCUCUGCCCUCAGAGCCUCCCUCCUAACGUGCAAAGCCCGAGCCCUGGCCCUACAACCCCACCCAGGGCCCUACCCCUACACUCAGAGACCCCGUCCAAUGCGCUGGGCCUAAACCCCACCCACACACCCUCACUCAGGGCCCUACCCCCAAACUCUGGAACUCCACACUCCAGAGGCCCCCCUUUCCAUGUGCUGCCUCUCCCCUCUGCGCAGGUCCUAAACAGAGGCCCCACCCUACGCUUGAACUUCGCUCCCCUACCUGCCUAGGUCCUGCCCCACCCUAAGCCCCACCCCACCUAAGUUCCACCCCCGCCUAAACUCCGCUCCCAUAGCCAAGGCUUUUUUUUUUCUUUGUUUUUUCCUCUUUUAGAUUGGGGUUCUGUUUUACCUUGUUGAUUCAUUAUUUUUCCUAAUAUAUUUUUUAUCUUUCUAA